UGUUUGCUCCUUAUGCUUGACUGCUUGGACACGAUGGGUCCUUGGGGGGGACUUUGUUCCCUAGGGCCAAUCAAUGAUAUGAAUGUAACAGAGGGGACCAGAAAUUCCCCAGACGAAUUCUGUCAGGCCAGUCGCUUGGAGGAUCAGGAUAUUUUGCUUGCCGCAGAAGAAUCAGAAGUAAAGUCAGAGAUUGACGACGAUGCAUCAAUGAAUUCAGAGGCUGGUUCUACUGAAGAUUUAGCUCGAGCCCAUGCUACAAACUGGCUCGUGCGAUCACUACGUUCCGGCCAGGUGGCUCUGCUAGUUUGGCCGUUAUUGGCUGAUCUUUUAUCUCCAGCCACGGUUCGGCUAAGUUUGGCGGCCUGGCAUCGAGAGUGUAUUACAGCUCAUACUGGCAAGCGAAUUCAACAACAAACCAAGCAGCUAUCUGGCAAAGACAUGAAAUUUAAUAAUAAAGUUGGAUCAGUAGGCUGGGCAGACAAAGCGUCUGGCGGUAAGAUAAAAGGCAAGUUCAUUAAUUGA